AUGGUCCAGGGAUGGGACCAGAAGAGAGGGACCAGGAGAGAGGAGAGAGGAGAGGGACCAGGAGAGAGGAGAGAGGAGAGGGACCAGGAGAGAGGAGAGGAACCAGCAGAGAGGAGAGGGACCAGCAGAGAGGAGAGGGACCAGGAGAGAGGAGAGGGACCAGCAGAGAGGAGAGGGACCAGGAGAGAGGAGAGGGACCAGCAGAGAGGAGAGGGACCAGGAGAGAGGGAGAGGGACACAGGAGGGGGAGAGGGACCAGCAGAGAGGAGAGGGACCAGUGAGAGAGGAGAGGGCCAGGAGAGAGGAGAGGGACCAGGAGAGAGGAGAGGGACCAGGAGAGAGUAG